GGGAAAAUGACGAUCGUCAUAUAAGACCGUGCUCGUUGAAACCGGAAGAAAUUUUCAAGGAACCCCCUUCCAACGCAAUCCCUCUGUCUACCACUGUCAUCGCUUUUUAUUGUUAUUCCCUCAACCUAUAUGAUUCCACCCUCACUGCAUUAUACAAGACAGAUUAACAACAUACACUUCGGUCCACUUGCUGCCUUCCUUGUCGACACCGACCGUCCUCCUUAGGUGAUUGCCUUUCUAACGACACAUGGGAUAAUUGCUCUGCUCUUAACUGUGGUCGUCUUGCUCCGAGAUCAUAGACAAUAGAAAAACCUAAACGACUUUCAGCAGAUUCAAACAACGAACCAUUGGAAAACAUACCCAGGAAAUAAUCAUUCAUUCUACCAGAUACCUUCAGCCAAACAUGUACGCACUCAAAACUCCUUUCUUCCGUCCAGCCAGCCGCCCUUUCUCGCCCUCCCCACCCCCAGCGCAGCCUUCACGCCCAGAUUCCGAUGUAUCUUUCGAGAGAUCUCGCCCUUUGACCAGGUUGUCAUUGACAACAUUCCGGCGCCCGUCUCCAGCGCCAGCGCCAGAGCCAGCAAGGGCCCCCACGGCGACCACGCUGGUGCAGGAUGGAUCGUACCUGGAGAUACUGAGCCUCAAGCUAAGCGAGGCCGUUUCAAGGGCCGUAGCCCAGCCUAGUGGUCCACCAGCUGUACACGAGCUGGUGUCCGGGCGGCGACCGAUCCCCGCAGGUCGCGGUCGGGCAUUGGGUUCCCUCAUUGCGUCUGAGCUACGUGCAGCUAGUGAAACCCCGCAUCUGUACCGGGCCGUUUUGCGAUCCCUUCACAGGCCUUUGUCUGUGCUCCUCGGCAACCUUUCUGCAAGUUUACUCUCCCACCUUUCCUCACCAACGCUUCUAGCUCUUCCGUCAACUGCGCCUCAGACUCAAGCACUCAACCCUAUUCAGCUCCAUGCCGUCGCUAUCGCGACAUUCGCUGGCGAGUUGUUGGAAACAUUUGAUGACUUCGCCCUAGGACUUGAUGGGGGCCUGCGCGGAGAUGGCCUGAAGCACAUCCGAGAAGGAUUAACUUCCCUUGUUAAUCGGGUAGUACAUCCUUUCUUGGGGCUGAUGAAGAGCGAGCUGCAUCCCCUUGUGGAAUCCUUGCAGGCGCUGGCUAUUUCAUUUACCGGAAAGAACUCUCCAAGUGGCAAAACGUCGAGUCAUCUACACCCAUCCAUCGUUAGGCUACAGACCGUAAUCCCAGCGUACUCCAAAGCUAUUACGAGAUACUCGGCGACACCGAUAUCUCAAACAAACCUGGCUACCUUCCUCAUAUCUAUCAUAUGGAGAGGUCUGUUAGCUUUGACGUCGCGCCCAUAUGUUGCACCGACGCCACCAGCAUCUCCCACGAGUCUUCCCGGUGUAGUCAGAAAGCGUCGUGGCUCUUACACUUACCCUCCGACAUCAUCUCCGGGACGAUUCGCGAUCAAGCUUCCGUCAUCUAGGCCUCCCUCGCCACCGGAUUUGGCGGUAUCAUCCUCUGUGACUGCCGAUGCGCAAGCACUUUAUGAUAUCCUGAACCAACUCCCUAGACCCGACGCCCGUAACGCGGACACAAGAUUGGCUAGAGAAGCGGUUGACGAAGCAUUUGACGCCUUGAAAGCGCUCCCGGCAUUCUUUGACGUGGUCUCCUCCGCUUCUCCGGCUCAUUCGGUGGAUGACAUUGUUCAACAGUUAGCUACGGCAGCGAAGGAUCUACCUACGCUCAUUGCAUUGCCAACGGUGCUUCACGUAUACGGCCCGUCUUGGAUGCAAUCCGUUCCGGCAAUGCUCGGCAUAUCUGAUUCAGACUACCGGAACGGCUGUCUAACCGGGUUUGGGAGAGCGGAGGAGUGUGCGACUGCCGUAGGGCAGCGUCUGCUUGAUAUCCUCACCCCAGCUCUGGGUCCUGGUACCGUUCUAUGCAAAUGGUUAGAGGUGGAGUUAGCCGAAGACCCGUUCCCACUCAACAUGUAACAAAUCAGCGCUCCGCUGUUAGUAGGAUAGACGUAUUACUGUUCGUUCGUACAUUUCUUUUAGCAAGUCCUCUUUUUAGAUCUCAUGACGACCUUUCGAUAGCACUUUUAUACGUGCUACAUGCUGUGUAUGCUAAAUUGUCUCUGCAAUUCUAUUUUCGUUAUUUGCCGACCGGCCA